AUGCCGGUUCAUUUCAUCCCAGCUUCCAAAACGGGAAAAUCAUCGGAGCCAGGUUGUGAUACACCGGCCAAGGAAUAUGCCGGGGGAGGCUCCCGUCACAAAGAUCUUGGUUGUCCCAUGAACACGAAUUCUACAGGGCACAUGAGACAAUCAUGUUAUUCCCAUUGCCACAGAGCUGAUGCUCGAAGAUUGGUCGGCUUGUGGACGUUCCAGGAGUCUGUGUCUUGGAAUGGACCGUCGAUGAAGUUCGCUUUUGCUUCUCAAUGGCGGUCACUCGAGGGCCGAUGUGAUGACAAUGACUAUGCCCAAGCAAGACCAUCAGCAUGA